CUCUGCUAUAAGUGCGCCCCCGCCCUUGUCCUCCGUACCAUCCCCCGCGCCACGGCGACCGCACACGCUCCCCGCUCCCCCAGCCCAUCCUAUCCAUCGCUCCCUCUCCUGAACCCAUCAGCUCUUCCCUGCGCGAGUUGCAGCGCCCCCGCCGGAGAGCACACCGGAACAGACUGCCUACCACCCAUCGUACACUUCGGCGCAUACACACCCCGCGAGUCUCUCUCCCAUUCCUACCCAACGUCUCUCUAUACUACACCAACGUCGCCCCAUCCAUGGACUCGGAGGGCGUCGCGCAUCCCUUCUACAGCGACGACAACGUCGCCGGACCAUCCUGGGCCACAAUGCCUCGCCAGUUCACGACCUCAUCCUGCCGCGACGAGCCCUACGUGGAACCACCACCACCACCACCACCACCACCACCACCACCAACACCACUCCGCAUACUACGCAUUCCAGAAUCUAGCACCGAUUCCUCCAUAGUCAAGGUUCGGUACGUGCGGGAGGUCCAACCCGGCGUCCUGGAGGACGGUCGAUGGCUGCCGGAGCACCCUUUCGUGGAACGCUACAUCGACGCUCUGCUUGCAGAUUACGAACGCAAGACGAAGGCCGCUGGAGGCGGGCCCUCAAGUACCCUGCAGUUCCAGAUGACCCACGGCAAUCCCUCCGUGGGCCGUCCUGAGGAUGUCGGCGACCUCAUUGGAGAAGAGCUCAGCCUAGAACGAUGUGAGGUUGUUUUUACGCUCACCGCCGUUCGCACCAUGCUCUGGCCGCAUCACCCGGCUCACUUCGCUAUCUGGAACGUCAAAGUUGGCAAGCGCACUGCUGAGACGGUCGAGAGGACAUGGCGUGCCAAGCGGCAACUGCUCUACCAUCCGGACUUUGUCUGGAUGGACAUUAGAACCGACCUGUACCGAUGCUACGCAUAUCACAAUUUCGACGUGAACAGGUGUUACGACGAAUCUCCGAAGCCAGAUCGGACGAGGCCAGCAACGCGCGCGACGCGCGCGGCGGCAGCACGGAAUGGCAGCGACGAGCAAGCGGCGGGUGCACCACGCACAGACAAGGGCAAGGCCGUCGACCGCGGUGAGCCUGAGCGCGCCACCGCGCCACGUCCUCCCAGGCCCAAGACAACCAGGACAAGGCCUUCCGCCAGUACGGAACCCGCCGCACCGACGCGUCGCUCCCAGCGCAGGGCCGCGACGACGAAGAAGUCCGCGCUUCAGACGUCCACGACAGCGGAGGAAGCCGCCUCGCUCGAGGCGAAGGUCGAGCAAAUUGCCACGCCCGCACUCGCCACGCCUGUUCCCGAGCCCAACCCCAACGGGACGGAGGCGGAUGUCGACGUCGAGACGACGGAGCAGCAGGCUGCCCCCGUCCCUGUGCCCGCCACCGCUCCUACCCCUACUGCCAAACGUGCCCGUGCGACAAGGGCGGCACCGUCGCGGGUGAGCAAACGCGUCGCUGCGCGUACCUCGGACCCGGCUCCCGUCCCCGCCGCGACAGCCUCGCCUACGCCGGUACCGACGCCACAAGCGCAGGGCUCUGCGACGCCCGAGGCGGCGUUGCUUGUGGAGUCGCUCCAGCCGUCGCGCUCGAGCACUGCGGUGGGCUCCAGCGAGGAGCCUGACAAGCUCGUCGUAGUGGAGGAGGAGCCCGUCAAGGUUGCAGGCAAGAAGAGGAAGGCGGACGACCUCGUUCAAGAACAUGGGCAGGAGGCGGCGGAGGAGGACGGCCCCCGUCGCAAGUCGUCUCGCACGGCUAAGCGCAAGCUGACGGAGAAGGGACAGGCACUGGAUGCCGAGAUGAAGGCGGAGAAGAGCGUCAAGCGUUCGCGCACGAGGAGGCGGUGAACCCGCCACGACCCACACACGUCUAACUUAUUGGUUUGUAUAACGUCUCACCUGUUGUUGUUCUACUAUCCGGAUCUGUACAUCUAUAUGUUGUGCUUUUUACUGUACAUUGCUUUGUUGUAGCUCGUCUCGUGUGUUUCUGUGUUACUAGUCGGUCGAGGAGGACAUUCGGGGAGUCGCUGGCCGGAGGUGUAGUACUUAAUCGAUCUCAUCGCAUCGCUAGUAGACUAGAGGUAUCCCUGUAAUAUGUACGACUCGUUUGUACGCGUACACUGUAUUGAUUUGUCUCCUUUCUCUCGG